GUUGGUGCAUUCUUAUUUAAUCGGCCAAAUCCUUUGUUACAAAAUAUUUAGAGGAAAAUGAAGAACGUAGGCAUGGUUUUGUUCAUUUUUCUUUUACUGGAGGCAAUGUGCAGUGAAGGGUGUUGGAAGGAAGAGAGAGAAGCUCUUUGGGACCUAAAUUCCCAUUUUGGCUUCCCUUUGUCUUUGAAGUGGUAUGGCACAGAUUGUUGUCAGUGGGAAGGAGUUGAGUGCAACUCCUCCACAAGGAGAGUGGCCAAACUCAAUCUUUAUGAAGACACGUGGAAAAAUGUUAAUCGGUAUCUAAACUACACGGAUUUUAUUGUCUUCAAAGAUUUGAAGAGUCUCAACUUGUCACAUAAUGGGAUAAUUGGUUGUGCAGGCAAUAAUGAAGGUUUGGAAAAUUUGGAAGUCCUUGACUUGAGUGAUAAUCAUAUAGAUAAUGCUGCCAGCAUUCUUUCUUGUUUGGAUGAACUUUCAUCUCUAAAAUCUCUAUAUUUAACAUAUAACAGGUUCAAUGUAUCUUCAAUCCACGUUUUGGAAUCUCUGUCAUCAAAGUUGCGUUAUCUGGAGGUCCUGGACAUAAGUGGUAAUUAUUUGACUAAUGACAUCCUGCCAUCUCUUGAGGGAUUCACAUCAUUGAAGGAACUGUAUUUGGCUGCAAGUCAUUUGGACUCAGAUGUUCAUGUUCAAGGUUUAUGCUCAAGAUUGAGGAAUCUUGAGGUCCUUGACUUGUCCCACAACAACUUCAAUGACAGUGAUAUUGCAUCUGCUCUUAGUGGGGUUUCGUCCCUAAAGUCCUUAAAUUUAGGACAUAGUCAAUUGACUCCGAGAUCAGUUUUUAAUAUGUCAAAACUGAGAUCUCUGGAGAUCCUGAACUUAGCUGGAAACGAUUUGAAUGAGAGUAUCCUGGGGUCUCUAGAUGCUCAAUAUGUUCUUCCCUAUGAGGAUGUCAUCUAUGAAGACUACUACAAAUCUAUCAAGGUUUGGGUGAAAUAUCCUAUUCAUUCUUCACCUGAAUCUAGUGGUAACCUGAUCUCAAGUCUAUCUUACUGA